CUCCUAUAAAUAGGAGUCUCCUCAUGCACUGUCUGACACAAUUAAUAUACAAGAUAUUUCUUACCUUCUCUUAUUUCUUUCAUAAACGACCUAAUCUAAUCUAGGGUUUUCUUUCAGUCAUUCUCUCUCCUCAAAUCGAUUUUUGAAAUUUCACAGAUAUUGAGUGGCUUUUUCAGAUUUUUCGGAGCUUUUGAGUAUACUGAGUCAUAAUGCAGGCAUCAAGGGCAAGGCUUUUCAAGGAAUACAAAGAGGUGCAGCGAGAGAAAGUAGCUGACCCAGAUAUUCAGCUAGCCUGUGAUGAUUCCAACAUAUUUAAAUGGACUGCUCUGAUCAAGGGUCCAUCUGAAACUCCUUUUGAGGGUGGCGUUUUCCAGCUUGCUUUCUCUGUCCCGGAGCAGUAUCCUCUGCAACCUCCUCAAGUGCGGUUCUUAACCAAAAUAUUUCA